CCGGCUCAGUGUCGGAAACAUGGCGGCCAUCAGUAAAUACUUGACAACCAAGAACUCUUCCAUUGCUGGUGGUGUUUUACUAGUUUUGUACCUUCUCAGACAAAGAAGAAGAUCCGCCAAGUUCAACGGUAAAAAAGGGGUCUCAGAAGCACACCCCAACAGCGAUAAAGAUGCAAAGAAGGACCGGGCGGCAGUCGACAAGGUCUUCUUCUCAAGGCUUUAUCGGAUCUUGAAGAUCAUGGUGCCCAGAACGUUCUGUAAAGAGUCUGGAUACCUGCUCCUCAUCGCAGUGAUGCUGGUAGCUCGGACGUACUGUGAUGUGUGGAUGAUCCAGAAUGGUACAAUGAUUGAAAGUGCAAUUAUCGGUCGCUCAACAAAAGAUUUCAAGAGGUACUUGUUCAACUUUAUCACAGCCAUGCCGCUUAUUGCCCUGGUGAACAACUUUCUGAAGCUGGGACUGAAUGAGCUGAAGCUUCGAUUUCGAGUGCGUCUCACCAAGCACCUGUAUGACGAGUACCUGAAAGGUUACACCUACUACAAAAUGGGCAACCUGGACAAUCGCAUUGCCAACGCUGACCAGCUGCUGACACAGGAUGUGGAGAAGUUCUGUAACAGUGUGGUCGACCUGUACUCCAACCUGAGCAAGCCUCUUCUCGACAUUGGCCUGUAUAUCUUCAAGCUCACAAGUGCCAUUGGUGCCCAGGGCCCUGCCACCAUGAUGGCCUACCUGUUGAUCUCUGGGCUCUUCUUGACGAGGCUGCGGCGGCCCAUCGGCAAAAUGACGGUGACAGAGCAGAGAUACGAGGGCGAGUACAGAUACGUCAACUCCCGUCUCAUCACCAACAGUGAGGAGAUUGCCUUCUACAAUGGCAAUGUAAGAGAGAAACAAACAAUUCACUCUACCUUCCAGAAACUGGUUGACCACUUGCACAACUUCAUUUUUUUCCGCUUCUCCAUGGGGUUUGUGGACAGCAUCAUUGCCAAGUACCUGGCCACGGUGGUGGGCUACCUGGUGGUCAGCCGGCCGUUCCUGAACCUGUCUCACCCUCGCCACCUGAACAGCACACACUCAGAACUGCUCGAGGACUACUACCAGAGCGGGCGGAUGCUACUGCGCAUGUCUCAGGCGCUGGGCCGCAUUGUGCUGGCGGGCCGGGAGAUGACCAGGCUGUCAGGGUUCACAGCUCGCAUCACAGAGCUCAUGAAGGUCUUGAAAGAGCUGAACGUGGGCAAAUACGAGCGAACCAUGGUCACUCAGCAAGACAGAGAAACGGAAGCUGUAGAAAAACUCACGCUGAUUCCUGGAAGCGGAGAUAUUAUUAAUGUAGACAAGAUUAUCAAGUUCGAUCACACACCCUUAGCAACACCCAACGGAGAUGUUCUCAUCAGAGAUCUUACCUUUGAGGUUAAAUCUGGGACCAACGUUUUGGUCUGUGGUCCCAAUGGCUGUGGGAAGAGCUCCCUCUUCCGAGUGCUUGGAGAGCUGUGGCCUCUGUUUGGCGGACGCCUCACCAAGCCUGAGAGAGGGAAGCUGUUUUACGUGCCACAGAGGCCUUACAUGACCCUGGGGACCCUGAGGGAUCAGGUGAUCUACCCAGACACCCAGGAGGACCAGAGAAGGAAAGGGAUUUCUGAUCAGGUGCUGAAGGAGUACCUGGACAACGUGCAGCUGGGCCACAUCCUGGACAGGGAGGGGACGUGGGACACCGUGCAGGACUGGAUGGACGUCCUCAGUGGAGGGGAGAAACAGAGGAUGGCUAUGGCACGGCUGUUCUACCACAAGCCUCAGUUUGCCAUCCUGGAUGAGUGCACCAGUGCUGUCAGUGUUGAUGUGGAGGACUACAUCUAUAGCCACUGCAGAAAGGUUGGCAUUACACUGUUCACAGUUUCUCACAGGAAGUCGUUGUGGAAACACCAUGAGUUCUACCUGCACAUGGAUGGGAGGGGGAACUACGAGUUCAAACCCAUCACUGCAGAGACGGUGGAGUUCGGGUCGUAAGAAGGUCGUGGCACAGCACAGCACAACAGGGGGACGAAGCUCAGUAAUUCUGCACUAAAUUGAGUUGUAAACUAAAGCUAGGAAGUUGUUUUUAAUCAAUUGUAACUGUUGGUUUUGACACUGUAUUUAAAGAUCCAGAAGUCCAAUUAAUAAAGCAUUUGUUGUUAAUGAUUGUAUAUACCUUGUAAUUAAUACCUUAAUGUCCAAUUAUAUAGGCUGGGCUGAGUUCAUGGGCUGAUCCUGAAUUAAAUGAGUUCGCGUCUAUGUCCGAGAUUUAGGAUGAAUUUUAAGAUGAAGAGAAAUCAGCCCACAGAUAACAUGUAUGUGUCAGUGCAAGGAGCUUGAUCUGAGCCUUCUUGUGUAGUCUGCUAUGUAAGUAAGCAGCUCUUCUGUUCUGGAGUUCUGGAGAAACUGCAGGUUUUUGUAUCGGCCAAACUGCUAAUUAACGGAAGCUGUUACAGUGCUGCAUCUGUGCUGAAGUACUACAUCAUGUUCCUGCAGUACUGCCUAGUAGAUGAUUCAAAGUGCUCCAGGGAAGGGCUUGCUCACCCUGGUUUUACGAAAUGAUCAAGUGGUGUUCUAUGGGAUGUGGGAUUUGCUUAAACUGUACGUUCUCAGUAGAUGCCUCACUUUUCAGUGUAAACGUAACAAUGUAAUAAGUCAUUUUCAAACUGUAAACAAACCUGAAGUUCAUGAUUUUAUAUGGGGAAACUACAAUAACAUAGGAACACCUGUACUGAAAUGCAAGAGCAUGGACUUGACAUAAGCUGAACUGUACAUUUUCAUUAAAGAAAAGAU